CACUCCAUGCCAUACAACAUCAUUUAUACAACGUGUACCCUAAAUCCCCCACUCAAUCAAUAUACUCAUCUCCUUGUAAUACCCAUGUCUUUUAAAUAAUACUUCAAACUCUUCUUCCAAUAAACAACUAAGCAUCUUCUUCUUUUUUGUUUUGUUCAAGUAUGGAUCAAGAAAACAAGUUGAUCCACAACACCUCAACUUGGAAGACAAGAAACCCCACUUGCCAUAUUCAAACUUCAUUGUCCCUUCAACAACGUGAUCACAGGCUCAAGUGUAACUCUUCAAAUCAAACAAGCAAUGAUCAUGAAGAUAAGGGCAAAGAGAAAGAGAAUAAUGAGAAUGGUACUAGGGUUGAGGAGAUUACAGGGCGUGAGAGGUUGAAGAGGCAUAGAGAAGAGGUGAAGGGAGAGGUUAAGAUACCAGAGAAUUGGGAGAAGGAACAGAAGCUGAAGGAAUGGGUUGAUUAUACAACGUUUAAUGCAUUAAUAUCUGUUCCUCAUGCACUGAUUGUUACUGCUCGUGAUGCGCUUAUUGCUGAUGUACGUAAAUCAAGAUCGCAAAGACUAAGGAUCCAUCACUAGUAAUUUAUUUUUAUUUUUCUUAUUUUUCUCAUGGCACUUUAUAUAUACUACAGCAAUAUAUAAUUAAUGGGUCAUUCAUGAAUUAGACCUAGCUACUAUUUUUCUCAAUUUGUUAUUUCAUAUUUGGCAUAACAAAGGGAAAAUAAGAACAAGCAUAUAGAGAUAUAGAGAUUUAUGAGAGUUUAUGAACUAAUAUUUCAUAUGUUAAUUUUCAUUUUGCUCAUGUAGUUCAAGUCUAGAAAAUAGACUUUGUGACAUGUUUCAAAGCUGGUCAUUGUAUUUUUUUCGAAUCUGUUUUUAGAUUUGGAUCAAAUGACAAUCGCUAAAAUGAGUAUUAACUCAUCUUUUAGAUAUUUUUUUUCUACCUUUUUUUAUUGAACCCUUCACAUUACUUACGAGACCACUUGUCCACAUGUAUGUAUGUAUGCAACUGUAGCCCUAAAAUGUGCAGAUUACAUGUAUAUGCAUUGGUGAACCCAUCCCAUUACUACAUGCAAAUUACCUUAAUAAAAACAUUGUGAGACAAUUGAUCGCAUGAUUUAGAUUUUUUUUUUGGAAGGGCACUACCACCAUUGGUACUCAUUGGAUCGGCUGGAAAAAAACUAUACGAACGCCCAAAAAAAGUUAUUUAGAAAAUCUCAAGACUCCUUUUGCUUAGAAAUGGAGACUCUAAAAAGUUUAUAUAGAGUUAGAUCAAAUUCAAAUUUUAAUAUGGUAUUAGAGUCUGCAGAUCUAUUUGGUCAUCUACUAUUAAAUUUAGAAAAUUUCUUUAGCCACCUCUCUAUGGGGUCACCCCCA